CGCGCUAACUUCACUGCGUCAUGUGGGACAAGCAAUCAGAGAGUAGAAACUAGUACACACACUGUUAAUGACCCGCCCGCUUUCAACGUGUCAACACUGCCGUGAAGCAGCCGGUAACUGUCGCACAUUGCACAAUCCGGCUACUGUUAUGGAAGGAAAUAAAGCUCUGCUGUUUCCGUCAGGAUAGCUAGCUUCCAGGCUUGAUGUCGGUAAAUAUGUUUUUAAUAUACCUGUAGGAGUACAUGUUGUGAGGUAACAGCUGCUGGAAGACCGGGAAAUGGACUUCAACAGGACUGUUCUGGUGACUGGAGGCUCUGGAUUCAUCGGCUCCCAUCUGGUGUGCUCGCUGGUCCACAGACACCCGGAAUGGAAAAUUAUCAACCUGGAUAAUUUGGAUUACUGCUGCAGCCCCAGGAGUCUGGAGAGCGUUGAAAACAGAACGAACUACAUCUUUAUCAGGGGGGAUGUGUGUAACCCGCGGCUGGUGAACCACAUCUUCAGUUCCGAAAACAUCGACAUCAUCUUUCACCUGGCAGCCAAAACUCACGUCGAGGCUUCCUUUGAAUCCCCAUCCUCUUUCCAGGAGGUCAACGUUGAAGGGACCAGAGUUCUGCUGGGAGCGGCCCAUCAGGCCCGACACCAGCCACAGCGCUUCAUCUACAUCAGCACCGAUGAGGUGUACGGAGCCAGUCUGCGUGAGGUGUUUGAUGAGAGCAGCCCACUGAGGCCCUCCAAUCCGUACGCUGCUACUAAAGCUGCUGCAGAGUAUCUGGUCAGAUCAUACUGGGACCAGUACAAGUUUCCCAUCAUCAUUACCAGGAGCAACAACAUCUACGGGCCCAGGCAGUACACGGAGAAGGUCAUUCCAAGGUUCCUCACCCUCUUACAGAUGGACAAGAAAUGCACUAUCCAGGGAACCCUUCCGAAAUCCCGCCACUUCCUGUUUGUCAGUGAUGCCAUAAACGCCUUCCUGUUGCUUCUGGAGAAAGGGAUUGUGGGAGAAAUCUACAAUGUGGGGACAAGCUGUGAGAUUCCCAUCAUACAGCUGGCGAGGGAACUUGUUAGGAUGGUCAAGAAAGUGCCAGAAUCUGAAGUGAAUGAUUGGCUUGAGUUUGUGCCUGACAGGCCGCGGGUCGACCUGCGUUACCCCAUCAAGUGUGAGAAGCUGCAGCAGCUGGGCUGGAGAGCUGAGGUGUCCUGGACUGAAGGCAUCAGACAGACAGUGAAAUGGUACCGAGACAACCCAGACUUCUGGUCAGACAUCAGCGAGGACCAACCACCAAUCAGGCGCGAGUUUGAAAAUGCUACCACCACAGUCGUCCCGAUCAGCUCUGAAUCUUGACUGACAGGAAGAGACUUUUUAAUUUUUUUCCAUACAAGUAAUUUCACGUGAUAUUUAUGUAGCACAGAGGCCAUCAUGGCUGGUUUAAAGCUGAAUGAACAAAACACUGAAUAUUUCAGUUAGCAUCAGUCUUACUCUGCAGAACAUUUCAUUCUCAGCCGUCUCUGAGUUAAGACGGUCUGAGCAACAGGACCUGAAGUGCCAGAUAACCAAGGGCAGAGCCUUCCUGCAACCAAAGCAGACCUACAGCUGGAAAUUAAUGCACUUUAUUACUUAACUUUAUAGUAAUUACAAUCUUAGCUGAUAUUAACAGUGUCUUGUCCUGCUCAUUGUGAUUUGUUUAAAUUAUAUUUUUGCACACUGUGGGCUGAGGGACAUUAAUCUCUGAUUGGUUCAACAUUUUCAUUUACAGUGUUGGCAGGAUCCUGGACUAGUACAGACAAACAGGUUAAAGUGUCAGCGCAGUAAGAAAAACUGAGGGGAAGAGCAACGCCUCACCUUUGACUGCGUUUGGCCGAGUAUGCAGCGCAGGUACAACAGUUUAAAUUAAGACUCCCCUCUCCUGUUGGCUUUCCUCAACAGGAAAAUAAUCAGGAUUGUAAGAAUAGAUUUUUAAGUUGGGCUUUGUUAACUUUAGCCUUCUUUUACCAAAUGGCCUGAAAUAGCAAUGAUCUCUUAAUGUAGGUAGCACAGACUCAGUGCCUUAUUUCCAGUGUACUUGGAUUAUGAACCCAAGAGGCUCAUUUUGAGACCAGAAGAAACUCUGAUUUGACCUUCCACUGUCUGUUCUCAUGUGUUUCCUUUAAGAUUGUUAAUGCAAAUAUUCGGGUCGCCGUUUGGCCCAGACUGGAAUGACACAUUACAUAAGCAAUCUGGGACAGGUUUCAGAGAACAAGAGUUAUGCAGGUAAUGCCUAGAUAACCCUCUAAUGAACGGAUGUCUGCCAUUGUACAUCGUGGGCCACAUACUGUGAUCUGAAGACAACUAGAUCAGAGAAACUUCACAUUUAAUCCCUCAUGUUAAUAAAAUAAGUUUUUCUACAUGACAUCUGUCAGCACAACUCUUUGGGCUUAAACCGUAAGAAAUGUGAUAGCUCACAGUUUUAUAAUUUUAGUACAUUCUGGACAAAGUUUUUGUUCACUUAUUUUUUUUUUCUUUACCGUUGACUUAAAAAAGACAUUUAAGUUUUUUAAAUAUUUCAUUACUUUGGUGUACUAUGAAUGGCCACAGGGGAAGGUCUUUGGAGUCUUUGCUGAACUGGCUCCAAGGCCUCAUGUUUGACACCCCUUCACAUGUUACCAGUAUUUUGCACUUAGUAGUCACUUCAAUCGCUUGCCUCAAAGUUGAGAAAGGUUUCUAAGCAGUUUUACAGUUGCCAAAUCUCAUCGACUUCCUACGGUCUCUUGUCACAGCAUCACUGCGAAUCACUUCCUUUGUGGAUGCAGCUUUAUUCAGAGUUAUAGAGGCUGCUGUUCUGUUGUUCUACACAAAGCUAAUAAACUUGACUCCAACUUUAAGAAACGUGGCUGUCAGGUCAUUUUAAUCUGCUUAUUGAAGAAAGUGGAUGAAGCAAACCGCUUCGAGUCAUCUCCUGCUACCAGUCAGCAAGGCUCUGUACCAAGUUAGAAAUAUGUAGGUGCAACUUCAGAUUUCAAAUUAGCCGUUUAUGAUUUUUAAUGAUCUGUGUUUUAAGGACAAGGGAAUCACAAUCAUUCCUGUCAGAUGCAUUUUAUGCACACUGUUUUUAUAAUUUGAUGCUGUUUAUCUUCAAAUAAACACAGUUUGUGUUUUUCCAUCUCUGUAAAGUCACACAAAAAAAAAAAAAAAAAAAGACAAAACCACUGAUUACAUCUGCAAAUCCAAACCUUUAUUUGUGGUAAAAUCAGAAUAUUUGCACAGUUUUGUUUUUCUUCGUGCAGUGCUCUUCGUGCACAUCUGCUAAACUAAUACAUAAGCAAAUACUAACUACCAGGCCGGUGCAGCUGCCCGUCCACACUGUGGGGUCUGGCCAUUCAGUAAUGACGACAGCACUGGGCUUCAUUUCAUUUCAGUUCGCUCGCUAAGAGAACAGCAAUCGUUCCUAAAUGCACCUCAGCAUCUGUGAAUUUCAGAUCACUUUAACAAACUGAACUUGAAAUAAAGCCACAAAGUGUUUUGUUUUUGUGUGUCUUUCACGACACCCUGACAAAAAAUACAAUUACUUUGUUGCAAAAUGUAGUUUGUGCAUACAAAAGGCUGUAAAGUAAUGGUUCACCUACGUCUGAUAUGCGUCAGUGAUUGCUGAGGCUACAGUCUUUGGACAAAUCAAUCGGUCCCUGUGUAACUACAGUGGGUCUGUGCUUAGAGGACCAACAGUACAAAUGUCCGUUAUAUUACUCUGUCUCUCCUGCAGGUCAGAUAAAUACUGAUCAGCUGCAAGAAGGGGGAAAAAAAUAAAUAAAUCCCCAUUUCUGAUUGGCCAGAAACACCCCUGUGACAGCUCUAACACACCGACGCCUGAAAAGAUGCAAACCACAACAACGGAGCAAUAGAACCACAGUUAAGUCUGUGUUAUGAAGACUUUAAAGAUCGCCACUUGUUUUUGCCAGACAUUCACAACAAGGGUAUUAACGAGAAGGAAAAGUGUAAAGAUUCAACAAAGAAAAGGAAAAAUAAAACGACUUGGAGAAAAUCUGGACACUUUUUUUUGUACUGCAUGUUUUUGUCGUUUUUUACAAAAUGGUCUUUGAUCGUUAACUUGUUAUUUUUUAAUCCAAACCUUGGCAUUUACGGUGGUAUUUUCUCAAUUUGUUCGCCGAUUAAAAAUGGCUGUUUAUGGUUGAUUAUUAUUGGCAAUGAAGCCUGUCGCAUAAACAGGUUUGCGGAUGUGAUACUGAGUCCAAUGUGACUUUAAAGGUAACCAGUGGAGGCUGUUUCUCGUAACGUGUCGCCAUCACAUCGGCUGUAAUCAACAAUCUGUGGUACACCUCGUACCUUCAUGUUACACCACAUGCACAUCUUUACACAUUAACAGAAGACCUGAAGUUGGAGGUUUCAGUUGGGAGAAGAGUACUGUAGUGCUGGAAAACACUGGUGUUGAGCUUUAUGCAGGGAUGCUGUGGCAUCUUUAAACUAAUUGCCAGAACUGACUGGACUAUUUUGUUGAAAUCGGAAUUUUCGGGAAUGACAGCAUGAAUACUGCCAAAAAUAAAAUCAUAGACAUUGCGUAGAUUCAGCAGAUUUUAGGCCACAUAGAAUGAUGGCUAGCGCUAAAAGGUAGGGUAAGUGCUAGCGUGCUAAAAAUGUAUAAACCAAUGGGCAAAAGUGAUACAGGAUGAAAACAAGUGAUAAUGAAGGUUAUUUUUUGAGUUAUUUAGGUAUAGACUAAGUCAUGGACUGCUGAUGCUAGCAUGGCCGAUAACCAGGAAGCACUGCGAGUACCUCCACCCCCAGAGAACCCCCGGCUUUCAGAGGUUUUUAAACAAGCUGAUCAUAGAAGGUAUAAAACAGAUUAAUUUGUCUGACUCAAUAGCUACGCCCAAGACAGAAGUGCCUAAAACCUGCAUUCUAUCUGAAGACCACCAGAUGGCGAUAGCUGUGCUUGCUAAAAGAACAGUUUCCUGCUGAGUUAUUGGCUAAGUCACUCAUUCGGUUUUUAAUUUUUUUAAGUCUAUUUUGUAAAUCUUGGGUCGUAAUAUGCUUCAAAAAGGAAUAUCUAUGGUACACCCAAUGGUAAUAAUUCAAAAACUUUUAGCCAAUGAGUAAGUAGUCCCAGUCAGAUCUGGUUUUUUGUUUGUUUUGUUUCAUUUUAAAUCAAGACAGUAAAAGUGAAGAUGCCAAUAUUAAGACUUCAAAGUGGGACUUGAGGAUCAGAUACAUGGGACAGAUUUGCCUGAUAAAAUCCAGUUUCAUUCUUACAAUUAAAAAAAAAAAAAAAAAAA